CGCCUCCGAUCCUUAAUUAAAAGCAAGCAAGUCAACCACGUCCGGCUCUGAGUAUCUGACAAGCUCCCCAAGCACUCUAUCAGACAUCCAAUUACCCAAACUACCCCUUUAAACUGAAACAACACAGGCCUCUCUCUCUCUCUCUCUCUCUCUCUCGUAUCUGCUUCCCUUCCUUUCUCUGUAGACUGCAAUGGAGGAAAAUGUUAAUUAUGACCUCGGAGAUUCUCAACUAAGAGUUCAUGAACAAGAAACCAGACGUUCUGAGCUUCGAUUAGAGGGAUCUAAUGGCCCGAACGGUUUGAUUUCUGGCUCUGACAACAUUUUUAGCGCCGAAUACCCGAAAAUGAACGAUUUUUCUGUUAAGCCAGACUCCAGGAUAGUGUCUUGUGCCGGAUCGAACGCUGCCAAGUAUAAAUUGAUGUCGCCUGCCAGACUUCCGAUCACGCGGUCGCCGUGUUUAACGAUCCCUCCUGGUUUGAGCCCUACAACCUUGCUUGAUUCUCCGGUUCUUCUCUCCAACAUCAAGGUGGAGCCCUCUCCAACUACCGGUACCUUCUCCAAGCUUCAAAUCAUGCAUGACCGUGAUGGUUCUGCCAAAUUCUCUUCAGCAACAGAUGCACCCAAAAAUGCUUAUGAUGAGAAAGGUUCUAGUGACUUUGAAUUUAAACCCAGCAUUAAGUCAAUCCCAUCUUCAGGUCCAUCCUCGUUUGGAAAUUCGGCUUCCACAGGUUUGAACUAUAAGCAGCCUGAUCCACUUGUGCAACUCCAAGGUCAAUACCAGUCUCACUCAUUUGCAGUCUCAUCCUCAGCUAAAAGUGAAAAUAGUGCAGCUUCCUCCCAUGAAUUGACACUAUCUGUAACUGCACCGGACCCUCCAGUACAGUUGGUUACUCCAGGGGAUGGUGUACCUCCUGAAAUUUCUUCUGAUGAAUUGCAGCAGAGACAAGGUUCUAAUAGUGGGUUCCAGCCAUCACAAUCUGAUCAGAAAGGAAGUAAUCCUUCUAUUGUAGCUGAGAAAACUGCAGAUGAUGGGUAUAACUGGCGAAAAUAUGGGCAGAAACAUGUGAAAGGAAGCGAAUAUCCACGAAGUUAUUACAAAUGCACACAUCCUAAUUGCCAAGUAAAAAAGCAAUUGGAACGCUCUCAUGAUGGGCAAAUUACGGAGAUUAUAUACAAAGGUAGCCAUGAUCAUCCUAAGCCUCAACCUAGCCGUCGGUUAGCAGCUGGUACAAUUUUGUCCAUCCAAGAAGAAAAAUCUGAUAGGUUUUCUUCCUUAACCAAUUUGGAAGACAAGCUGUCCAAUGUGCAUGGCCAGACAACUCAUCAUAUUGAGCCAAAUGGUACUCCUGAGCUGUCUCCUGUUACAGCAAGUGAUGAUGAUAUAGAAGGUGUGGUUGGAUAUUCUAAUAGAAUUGGAGAUGAUGUUAAUGAUGAUGAGGAUCCAGAGUCAAAGCGCAGGAAGAAGGAAAUUGAUUGUGUAGAUGUUACUCCAAUGGGUAAACCAAUCCGGGAACCACGUGUGGUAGUGCAAACUUUGAGUGAGGUAGAUAUACUGGAUGAUGGGUAUCGCUGGCGCAAAUAUGGACAGAAAGUGGUGAAAGGAAAUCCUAAUCCAAGGAGUUAUUACAAGUGCACAAAUGCUGGAUGCCCAGUCAGAAAACAUGUGGAGAGGGCAUCGCAUGAUCCAAAAGCAGUUAUUACAACAUACGAAGGAAAACACAACCAUGAUGUACCUGCUGCAAGGACUAGUGCCCAUGACACAACAGGAAAUAUUGAUUAUAGUACAGCAUUAAAUGGUAUGUUAAGUUCUAGGUUGGAAGAAAAUGAUACAGUUAGCCUUGAUCUUGGGGUUGGCAUCAACUCAAGUCCUGAAAAUAGAUCAAACGAGAAGCAGCAAAGACUGGAUGCUAAACCUGCACAAAUUGAAACCAAUGUUACUGCUCUUGGUUGUAAUAAGGUAAUUGAGGCAACCCCAGUUUCAUAUUAUGCUGGCAUAAAUGAUGGUGUGGAUCGGUAUGGAUCAAGAGAAAAUGGAGGUGAAAGCUUUAGUUUUGAGACUUAUCCUUCAAGUCAUUCCUCUAACCCCUACCAGCAGAACACAGGAAGAUUACUAAUGGGCCCAUAAAAGAUUAUUGCAAUGUAUCCAACAACAAUAAAACUGUGGCUACUUUACGCGAAAAGGCAAGUGUCUUGUUAAAAUAUAUAUAUUGACUCACUAAUCCUCUAUUCCUGUAUUUCAUCAACUGUUUCUUGAAACUUUGUUUUCCCCCAGAGUACUGCCUCUUGUUGUAUAUGUCAUUAACCUUUGUAAACUGAAUGUGUACAAAUAUGAAACCAAUACAGGAAAAAAGUUUACAACUAAAAAUUUGUUUA